AUGUGCCUGUGGCCCCUCACGGCGAGUAAUCCCCACCUGAGGGCUAAUUACACUUGGGAACUGACCCGGACUGUGGAUGGGGCUGUUAUAGGUCACAUCACAACCCCAGAGCCCCCCUCCAUAGAGACUGACUUAUGCCGAUUAUUUGGGGAAACUUGGAAUAAGCCAGAAAGCGAUAUCCACUACAUUUCCCCAGUAGCACAUGGGGCAUAUCAUAUGGGAACUAGUUAUGGGUGUGGCACCCUCAUCUUAGAACGAGGACUUUGGCGAACUCAACAUUACGUCUGCCCAGCCGAAGGUAGCCCUGAAUGUGGAACUGACGGGGACUAUUAUUGUGCCCAGUGGGGUUGUGAGACUAUGGCACUAUGGACUAACAGAGAUCCCGCCAUCCGGUUUAAGAGAAUAGUCCGCCCAGGGGCCCCUUCCAAUAACUGUAUGGUAGGAGACUGCAAUCCCAUUGUUAUCACCCCCCAAAACUGGUGGGAGAAAUACUGGGAUGCAGGAAAAACUUGGGGACUGAGACUCUAUGUAGCUGGAAGAGAUCCUGGGGUCCUCUUCACCCUCCAGAGAACCCAGCGGAUCCAAAAGAAAAACCCCAUCGGGCCUUUAAGACCCUUAGACCAGGGGCUGCCUCCAGUACAGCCACUGAGGCCCCGUCCCACACCACCACCUCCUGCCCGGAACAAUACUGAGUUAACUCCUCUGACCAAGGUGUCAGUGACCCUUGUUCCUAAGACUCAUACUACCAAACCAGGCUGGAGACCUAUCCUGGACACUCUGGAUGCGGUCUUCAACUUUCUAAACCAGACCUCCCCAAAUGCCACCAGAGAUUGUUGGUUGUGUUUAAACCCAGAACCCCCCUACUAUGUUGGGAUAGGGGCAAAUGCCACUGUUGGUUCAAAUUCAUCAGACAUUAGAAAUGUUUCAAUUACAAACCCCCCACAAGGGGUGUGCAGAUGGGGACAAACCCCAAAAUUAACCCUUGGGGAUUUCCAGGGACAAGGUACUUGUGUUAUGUCCUCAGAGUUUGAUUUAUCAAAAUCCCCCUACGGUGAAUCCUGUUCCUCAGUACUGAGGUUUGGUCAGGACAGUGAAGAGGAGACAGACCGGUACCUGGUGGCCCCUGAAGGCACCUGGUUCGCGUGCACCACAGGAAUCACCCCUUGUGUCUCUCCUCUGACACUGAUGCACCCCCGCAAGCCUUCCUUAUGCAUCUUAGCUCAUAUCCUACCCCAGGUGUAUUACUAUUCUGGGGAGGGGGGGCGCGAGCACCUGGGUCUAGCCCCUGGGCGAAUUCGUAGAGCCCCAGUAAUUAUCCCCCUGCUUGUGGGUCUGGGAAUAACUGGAUCAGCUGCAAUAGGCACUACAGCACUGGUCACGGGAGACAAAAAUUUCAAGGAACUUAGCAGCCAAGUAGAUCUAGAUCUAAGCACCCUAGAGGAGAAUGUAAACCGCCUAGAGGAUUCUCUCAGUUCGUUAGCAGAAGUAGUCCUACAAAAUAGAAGGGGUUUAGACUUAUUAUUCAUGAAGCAAGGAGGACUCUGUAUGGCCUUAGGAGAAACUUGCUGUUUUUAUACCAACCAUUCUGGGGUCAUCAGAGAAAGCCUAAGUCAACUCAGAAAGAGACUCCAAGAUAGAGAGGAGAGGCAAAGAACUGAGGGAAACUGGUAUGAAAAUCUAUUCUCUUGGUCCCCAUGGCUAACAACACUCCUAACAUCUCUAGCAGGACCUUUGAUCUUAUUGUUAAUAGCUGCAACAUUUGGACCCUGUCUUAUAAAUAGUCUCACCAACUAUGUAAAAAGGCGAAUACAGGCAGUAAAGCUGAUGGUCCUGCGCACCCACUAUCAUCAUGUCUGCACUGAUGAUGGAGAAACAAUGAUUUGA